UCUUGCUGUUGUUGUGGUGGUAAGAUGUAUGUAAAUUGUAGCGUAUGAAGUAUUUCGUACAUUUCUUUUAAUUUUAUUAGUUACAUCAUAAGGUAACAAAAAAAAAUCACUGGACUACUUUAUUACUUUGAUGCAUAUUUUAUUGUCACUUAGUGAUCGACUUGCAUCUAUUUGAAACCUAUUUCACAGUUGAAUCUUACUUAAGUUACAGUUUUUAAGAUGCUUCUGAUUGGUUUGACGGGUGGUAUUGCCACAGGAAAAUCAACCGUGGCAAACAAGCUUAGAGACCUUGGCAUUGUCAUUAUCGAUGCUGAUGUGAUUGCAAGAGAAGUGGUUGAACCUGGGAAACCAGCAUGGAAGAAAAUUAAAGCAGAAUUUGGAGAGGAAAUACUGCUACCCAAUGGAGAAUUAAAUAGGCCGUUACUCGGAGAAGUGGUAUUUUCAGAACCGGAUAAACGCCGUAAAUUAAACAGCAUCACACAUCCACAGAUUUACAAGGAAAUUUUCUGGAAGUGUUUGAAAAUGCUGAUUUCUGGACAUCAAUAUGUUAUCUUGGAUUUACCCCUUUUGUUUGAAAGUGGGAAGAUGGUGAAAUAUGUGAGCAAAGUUAUUGUUGUAACUUGUGAUGAAAAUCAGCAACUUGAGAGGCUGAUGAUGCGAAACAACUUUACCCGAAAUGAAGCUGAAAACCGUAUUUCAGCACAACUCUCUCUUCAAGAGAAGUGCCAGAUGGCAGAUUUUGUGAUUGACAACUCUGGAGAUAUAAAUCAGACACACAAACAAGUACAUCAAGUGGUCAGUCAGCUCAACCAGUCCUAUGGACACUGGAAGUUAAGAGGAAUAUUGUUGGGAGCAACAUUAACAUUUUGUGGCUUAGUUACUUGGAGUUUAAUAUUUUUGAGUCAGUGGUUAACCAAAAAUGGGUAACAAUUGUGUGUAUGUAUAUAUAAUCCUUUGGGUAUAUUUGAAAGUAAUCUACAAGUGGAUAAUUACAACAUCUAUAAGAACUAUCUAGAAAAUCACUACAUCUUAUCAAAAACAGUGCCCAAAACAAUAAUGAUGGCUUGUGUAGCUCAUCAUAAUGAAAAGGUGACAAUGUGAAUUUCCACAGUGUAUUAGGUAUUUUAUCAUUAAGUAAGUUUAAUAAUUUACAGUAUUAUCACUUGGAAUGAUGUAGAUCAUAACAUACUAUAUUGCUUUCAAUACAAGAACACAGUGUACUCAUUCUUAACUCUGUGUGUAUGCAUAUCUUGAACUAUACAAUCCCAACAUGUAUAUUUUAUAAAAAUACUGAUUUUGAAGUAGUACAACUUUAUAUCACAUUGUACUGAGAAAUUUUAUUGUUCCAACACUCAAUAUAAAGAACUGACCAAAUAAAUUGGGUGGAACUAUUCAUUUUUAUGCAAAAUACAUUAAAACGAAUGGUUUCACUUAGUGAAAUUAGUUUUUGUAUUAUGUAUAAGUGACCCUGUCAGCAAGGGCAUGCAUAGUGUGUAAAAUGUGUUUUAUGGGAUCUAUAUGGACCCCCUGGGGGCUCCAUGUGUAAUUUGUAGGGUUAACACAAAACAUGUCCAUAAUUUAAUGCUAUACUGGUCUGAGAAUUAUAAUGAAACUUAACUGCUCUAGAAGAAACUAAAAUAACAUAUAGUUAAGGUUUCUUGCAUAUUUUCUAGGUUAUAUAUAAUACACAAGUGCAUUUUAGCUUUUAGCCUAUUUCAAACACUGGAAAUUAAAAGUCCUGCUUUGAAAAGAAAAAUAUUUCAAUGCAUGUUUAGUAUGAUAAAAGUAUUUACCAUUUAAAUAAUUUUCAGAUUUUGUGUUCCUUUUAUUAAAUUACAAUCAGUAUUAUAGUUGGUGAGUAAAAAUAUUUAUUUACAAGAUAACUAUAUACAUCUUUAUAUACAAUCUUGAAUGUUUUACAUACCAUACUUUACUGUUAGGCAAUAAAGACAUUUAUCUGUGCA